CCAUCAUGUUCAGCAUCGCAACUCUUCCCCACAGCAAUGCACAUCUUCAAGCCCGAUGCCUCCAUGGGUGGCCUCUGCGCCGCGAUUGUCGUCGCUGACCAAAGGACGAGCAAUUGAACGAUUAUCGCCAAUUCUCCGCUGUCGUCAUGCAACACCACGGUCGAACCUCCGCGUGCGCUCCGCAUCAACACAUGUUUCGCCCACAGCCAUAAAUCUGCGGCCUAACAUCCCGCCACGGAACAAGGAGCUGUACGACGCGCUUUCGGCGCUUAGCGGAGCUGCAGAGACUUAUGUCAACAUAAGUCGCCUGCAAUUGGCGCUUGGUGGGCUUGCGGCGCAAGAUGCUGUCACGAGGGUUGCUGUACUUGGCCUGAAUAGCCAGGUCAGCGCCCAGCGACUUGCGCGCCUGCUUCUUGCAGAUCCACUCGGGAACGAGGAAGGGUGGGAGACAGAGCUUGAGAAAGCUGGUGGUGGCAACGAGGGGGCGGUGCUACUGAAGUUCGGGGACGAGAAUGACGUACACCGUCCGACACCGCUGUACAAGGUCCUCUCUGCGCCCUCGAGGGUUCUACGAGCGCAUAACCUGGAGAUUCUGGUCUCGACGCUGAAUGUCAAUACCGCGAAGAUGCUGACGACUGCCUCUACGGAGAGCUCGGAGGAGUCGGUGCUGGUACCCAAAUUGCAGGCUACUUCCGCACGAGGGACACCAGUGCCCUACCCGGUGCACAAGACAUUGGUAGUUGGCGAAGGACUUGACAGCGCGCUGGCGUUUGGCAGGUUUUCUUCGGAUAGCUCUGAGGACAUGCGCAGCAUAAUCAAGGUGGCCGUGGAUCUUCCCGCACCACAGGAGGAGGCAGAUGCAGGCGCGCAAACGGAGAGCACAGUGAUCAAUGUUGAUAUUGCAACACAAGCACUGGCAAGUUUCCGCGAGUCGGUGGCGAACUCGCAGACAUUUGAACGCGGUUGGUUCAGAAGCGGUUUACCUACCCUCUCGAAAUGGCUCACAACCGACCUGCAGCCUGCCGAGCCGAUCAGGCCUGCCAUGAAAACCCUCAUAUCCUCCGUUGUCGACGAUGUUGAAGCAAAACUUCUCAAGGAAGACACAGCACGUUUGGCACUUCUCGCAUCGAUACCCACCGACCGCGAAGCCACAGCAGCGAUUGCCAAUGCCUUAGACGUCUGGGCUGAGAAGAGUCACACCGAACUCCGCGAUGAAUUAGACGAAGCAUUUUCUGCACGGAACUGGCACAAGUUGUCAUGGUGGAAGCUCUUUUGGCGCGUCGACGACGUGACCAUGCUCUCACAAGAAAUCAUCGAAAGCCGAUGGCUUAUCAGCGCUGAGAAGAGUAGCAUCUUCCUUGCGGGGCGGAUGGCGCAGGCUGGAUUCCCUGAAGACCUGCCGAGAGUGGCUGUACAACACGACAUUCCGGUCACAACAACAGAAACAGCACCCACGCUCAUCAACCAGCCAACCAACCUUUCGACCGAAGUCAAAAAGCCGCAACCCUGGUCCGACAACAUCGCGACAGCGCGUGAGGAGCUCGUCGCUGCAAAUGUGCCGCCAUUACAAGCGCUUGCUCAGCGUCUCAUUCUGCAAACCAUGUCCACGACCUCGCUCUCCAGCGCCUUAUCUGCACUACUCUACGUUUCAUCGUCCUUCUCCGUGUUCGAAGCAAGUGCUGUGGCAGCGCUAGGUCUGACCAUCUCGCUGCGUCGCAUGCAGAAGCUCUGGGAAGGCGCGCGAGACAGCUGGCAAGGGACUGUCAGAGAGGAAGGCAGGCGGACACUUAAGGCUACCGAGGAUCUUGUGAGGUUGAUCAUACGGUCCAAGGAUCAGGGCAAGACGCAGGUCGACCAGAGUGCGGUCGAGAGGAGGCAGGCGCGAGAAGCGGUCAAGGCUGUUAGAGAAGCGUUGGCAAACAUGCAUAGCCAGCGGGAAAGCGAUAAAUAGAUUUGAGCAGUGUAAUAGUAUUGCAAACUAAAAGGAUUGAACGAACGCAUCACAUGUCUUCUUGUCGUUAGCUGCGAGCGCAUCGCAGGAAGGCGCGCACGUCGGCCC